CCCCGGGACCAUGGCGCUGCGCGCCCGGGCGCUGUACGACUUUAGGUCGGAGAACCCGGGUGAGAUCUCGCUGCGGGAGCACGAGGUGCUGAGCCUGUGCAGCGAACAGGACAUCGAGGGCUGGCUCGAGGGGGUCAACAGCCGCGGCGACCGUGGCCUCUUCCCAGCCUCGUACGUGCAGGUGAUCCGCGCCCCGGAGCCUGGCCCGGCGGGCGACGGCGGCCCGGGAGCCCCGGCUCGCUACGCCAACGUCCCGCCUGGCGGCUUCGAUCCCCUGCCCGCCGCGCCGCCCGCCUCCUUCAAGCCGCCGCCCGACGCCUUCCAGCCGCUGCUGCAACCGCAGCAGGCGCCGCCGCCGAGCACCUUCCAGCCGCCGGUCGCGGGCUACCCGUAUGGCGGGGGCGCCCUGCAGCCGUCGCCUCAGCAGCUCUACGGCGGUGGCUACCAGGCCAGCCAGGGCAGCGACGAUGACUGGGACGACGAGUGGGACGACAGCUCCACGGUGGCCGACGAGCCGGGCGCGCUGGGCAGUGGCGCGUACCCGGACCUCGACGGCUCAUCGUCCGCGGGCGGCGCGGCCAGCCGCUACCGUCUGUCCACGCGCUCCGACCUGUCGCUGGGGUCCCGCGGCGGCUCGGCGCCCCCGCAGCACCAUCCGUCAGGGGCCAAGAGCUCGGCCACUGUAAGCCGCAACCUCAACCGCUUCUCCACUUUCGUCAAGUCAGGCGGCGAGGCCUUCGUGCUGGGCGAAGCGUCUGGCUUCGUGAAGGAUGGGGACAAGCUGUGUGUGGUGCUGGGGCCCUACGGUCCCGAAUGGCAGGAGAACCCUUACCCCUUCCAGUGCACCAUCGACGAUCCCACCAAACAGACCAAGUUCAAGGGCAUGAAGAGCUACAUUUCCUACAAACUGGUCCCCACUCACACGCAGGUGCCGGUACACCGGCGCUACAAGCACUUCGACUGGCUGUACGCGCGCCUGGCCGAGAAGUUCCCCGUCAUCUCCGUGCCGCACCUGCCCGAGAAGCAGGCCACCGGCCGCUUCGAGGAGGACUUCAUCUCCAAGCGCAGGAAGGGCCUGAUCUGGUGGAUGAACCACAUGGCCAGCCACCCGGUGCUGGCGCAGUGCGACGUUUUCCAGCACUUUCUGACCUGUCCCAGCAGCACGGACGAGAAGGCCUGGAAACAGGGCAAGCGGAAGGCCGAGAAAGACGAGAUGGUGGGCGCCAACUUCUUCCUGACUCUGAGCACGCCCCCCGCCGCGGCCCUCGACCUGCAGGAGGUGGAGAGCAAGAUUGACGGCUUCAAGUGCUUCACCAAGAAAAUGGACGACAGCGCGCUGCAGCUCAACCACACGGCCAACGAGUUCGCGCGCAAGCAGGUGACAGGCUUCAAGAAGGAGUAUCAGAAGGUGGGCCAGUCCUUCCGCUGCCUCAGCCAGGCCUUCGAGCUGGACCAGCAGGCCUUCUCUGUCGGCCUGAACCAGGCCAUCGCCUUCACCGGAGAUGCCUAUGACGCCAUCGGCGAGCUCUUUGCCGAGCAGCCCAGGCAGGACCUGGACCCGGUCAUGGACCUGUUAGCGCUGUAUCAGGGGCACCUGGCCAACUUCCCCGACAUCAUUCACGUUCAGAAAGGAGCUCUUACCAAAGUAAAGGAGAGUAGGCGACACGUGGAAGAAGGGAAGAUGGAGCUGCAAAAGGCCGAUGGCAUUCAAGAUCGCUGUAACACUAUUUCCUUUGCCACUUUGGCUGAAAUUCACCACUUCCAUCAAAUCCGAGUAAGAGACUUUAAAUCACAGAUGCAGCAUUUCUUACAGCAGCAAAUAAUAUUUUUCCAAAAAGUGACACAGAAGUUGGAAGAAGCUCUUCACAAAUAUGAUAGUGUUUAAUGACUGGACAUUGGGUUGUGGACUUUUUUCAGUUCAAGGAUAUUUCUACAGCAGAAUAAAAACUGCUAUCAAAGAGCUGUUGCCAACUAUCAGUGGUGGUACAAGGAUGGUUUUGUGUUCAACUGAAGCUCGGCUGAAUAUAUAAUUAUGUAGGAAAGAAACAGUUAAUAUGGUUAUAUAAUAGAAACAGUACCACACAUUGUAACUAAAUUAUACUAUGUAUGCCUACACUACCAUUGUAACUUUUGGAAUAAUGAUUAUACUAUUUGCCUUAUUGCUUUUUGAAGUAUGGGUAUUUUAGUGCAUACUUUGUAGACCUCAAAACCCAUGAAGGGUCUCAAAGCAGCUGGCUGGAUGGAAGCCUGCUGUGGAUGCCUUUUUACUCUCAUAGAUUGGGAUUACGUAAAUUCAACCUAUUCUCUGUUUACAAACUCCAACUUGAGCAGCUAUGCGACUUUGUGCCUUUAAACUCUUGGUUUUUCAUUUCUCUAUCCCCUCCCCCCCCCUUUUUUUUUAAAAGUAACCACAACUUUUUUGAUCGAAAGAGUGAAAGGCCAGUGCACAUAACGACAGACCUGUUGGUAACCUCAUAUUGGCGCUGGGGGCGGGGUGGGCGGAUCAGCUGUCCUCCGCCUGCACGGCCAGUUUUGUCUCCUGGUACACGCUGGUGAGCGCCGUGGAGGGAGGCCCGAUGCUCAUCUUUGGACACGAAGUCUGUUAGGGAAGAAAUGGUGCCACCCUGUUCCCUUAGAUGCUGUGGUAGCAUAGCCUCUUCACGCAAGUGUCCUGGAAACUUGGCGUGGAGAAUGACACGAACAUGUCUUAGAACACAGAGGAGGAGGAGUCUAAUCAGUUGGGGACACAAGCACAGAAUCAGUGAUGACACAUACUCGGUUUUAAUUCUUCGGAGGGUUUUCUUCUCUCUUUCUUUCUUUCUUUCCUUCUAGCUUGAAGAUUUUAAUAUUCUUUUUUUUUUUUUUAAUGGAUCUACACUGUUAACUGAUUGAGACUCCACUGUGAUUCACUCGUUUACUUAAUCAAAAACUUUUCAGGGAUGUCUGUAAAAUUCAGUGUUAUACGUGAUUGAAAGUAGUGUUGGUUGAUCUAAAGAGGGACCAGAAAUAAUUUCUACUAUUCCAAAUGCUGAAGGAAAAAAAAUAAUAAUUUUUUUAAACUAUUGAUAAACCCCCAGGACAUUUAACCUUAAAAAUUGUUUUAAAUAUAUUAUUUUAUUAUUAUAA